AUGGGUUAUCCGGCUCUUAUUACUACUUUAUGUGUUGAAUCUGGAGUAAAAUAUGAGACUUGGGAAAAAGUGUUACCAUCUCAUAAACCUAUUCGAAAAUUUAAUAAGCCUAUUGGAAAGACUAAUUUGGAGAUGUAUGGAAAGCAUGUUGGAAGAAGAGUAGAUUAUGAUAUUGCUUGUCAUGAGGCGAUGGAGAAAUUCUUAAGGGGUGACUACUCUGUAGUAUUUCCUACUUUCCCCAGAUAUACGGCUUAUAAACCUGAUGAUGUGGAGGAGGAUGUAGACUUUAAUGAUGAUGAUGAUGAUGAUGAAGAUGAUGGUGAUAAUGGUGAUGAUGAUGUGUAG